CUCCCCUCUUCUGCCCCUCUUUGCCCGUCCGAGGAUGGAGCGAGGAGGGAAUAGGAUGCCGGGCGUUCUGCUCGGGGUCUGCCUGGUCCCCUCCGUGCUGCUGCCGCUGCUGCAGGUGGCAGGGGGGGCCCCUCUGGGCCAAGGGCUCUACCCCAUGCCGGCCAGCAUCCUGCAAGCGCUGUCAAGCCGGGGGACACUGGUGCUGGAAGCAGCACUGAGGAGUGCGCUGCUGGCUCUGGAGCGGGCUCUGGCUGAGCAUCAGCAGCAGCGGCGUGCCUGUGGUCUCUGUGCCCCCUGCCUCUUCCACCCCUGCGCCAACCUCACCCGCCACUGCCCACCACCAGCCAUGCCCCGCACCGUGCUCCCUAGCUGCCAAGACCUGCUGGAUGCCCAGGCACUGCCCGAGCUGCCCCAGCGCAACUGGGCACUGAGCCAGGCUUGUGCCCUCUACCAGCACCUGUGCCCACCUGAGGGGUCAAAGCAUGCCUGCACCCUGCUCAGCGCCCGGCUCUGCCGCCAUCGCCUCCAGGAGUGCCGGGUGGCAGCUGUGGGCCCUGAUGCACCAGUGGAGGCGGCGAUGCCAGGGAGCUGUGGGCAUCGUGGGGGUCCCCAGGCCAACGCCACAGCCCCCCGAGGACGGAUCACAGGCGGCAGUGUGGCCCCGCGGGGGGCCUGGCCAUGGCUGGUGUCGGUGCGGCUCCACGGGGAGCUGAUGUGUGGAGGGGUGCUGGUGGGGCACUCCUGGGUCCUCACCGCAGCCCACUGCUUCACUGGGAACAGGAACGAGCUGGCUUGGACAGUGGUGGUGGGUGACCAUGAGCUGGGCAAGCUGGACACAGGCGAGCGGGCAGUGCCCGUCCGGCGCAUCCUGCCUCAUCCCAAGUUUAAUUCCAAGACAUUUCAUGGGGACCUGGCGCUGCUGGAGCUGGCAGUGCCACUGGCCCCGUCCCCCACCAUCAGCCCCAUAUGCCUGCCCGGUGGCCCUGUGGAGCCCAGCCCUGGCACCACCUGCUACAUUGCAGGCUGGGGGUCACUCUACGAAGAGGGGCCGGCGGCUGACGUGGUGAUGGAGGCGCGGGUGCCCCUGCUCAGUCAGGAGACAUGCCGGGGCGCCCUGGGCAGGGACCUGCUCACCAGCACCAUGUUCUGUGCCGGCUACUUGUCUGGGGGCAUUGACUCCUGCCAGGGUGACUCGGGGGGGCCACUGGCAUGCCAGGAUCCCUCCUCUCACCGCUUCAUCCUCUACGGGAUCACCUCAUGGGGAGACGGCUGUGGUGAAAGAGGCAAACCAGGUGUCUACACCCGUGUAGCUGCCUUCGCAGACUGGCUCAAACUCCAGAUGGACCCUGCCCCCGGCAGUCGGGAACCGAGCUGCUUUGACCUGCUGGCAUUGGCCCAGUUGCCCCAUGAGCAGCAGCCAUCUGAGCGCACCCGCCUCUGCGCCUUCUACACCGGGUCCUGCCAGGGCCAGGCUGCCUGCGCCCGCCUGGCCGAGGAGACCUGCCGUGCCAGGACAAGACGAUGCGAGCUGCACGCUUACGCCCAGACCUUGUUGAAUCUCCUGCGCCAGGCUGGGGACUUCAUCCGAAACCAGUUCGACUUCUCUUUCCUCACCCGUGCCCUGCCCCAGCUCCUAGGCAAGAUCUAUGGGCAUCUCUUCCCACCUCGUGUCCGCAGGGAUGCUCCAGGCCCUGCUGUGGCAGAAGGCCAACCCAGCCCCAUGGCAAAGGGACCCCAGAGACACCCCAACAGGCAGGGGGCCAGCCAGCCACCCCCUUUUUCAGGGCUCUUCAGGACCAUGGGGCCCCACCUGCAGGACUGGGUGGAGGCACUGAGGACCAUGAUGGAGGGCAGCCCCCCAGCACCCACCCCUGACAGAGGGCAGCUCCCUGGGGAAACAUGGCUCUUCUUGCAGGGUAAGGAGGUGGUGGAAGAACUAGUGGGACAAGGACGAGCCUUCCUCACCCAGCUGCGGGCAGAGCUGGACCUCAGCAUCCCUCUUGAAGCCAUGGAAUCACAACGGGCACCUGGAGAGCUGUCAGGGAACCUUUCAGCAAGCUUGGCAGAGUCUGCAUUGAGGGAGAAACGUGAGCUGGUGCCCACAGAGAUGCCGGGGGUGGAGGAGGAGGAGGAGAGAGGCACAAGCAAAGCCUGUCCCAGCCUCAACGAGUCGGUGAUGCGGGUGAGUGUGGUGCGGGAGCUGUACGCCUGGGUGCUGCGGGUGCCCGAGUCCAACCUGGCCAUGACCUUCCAGGAGAUCCUGGUGGACUUGGGCUCCAAAAAUGCCAAGGGGCUGUACCGGGCGCAGGUGCGGGCCACAGUGGGGGGCCGCCCCACAGCCUUCACUGGCCUCGUGGGGCUGGAGAGCGACUCGCUGGCUCGCAGCAUGCCUGGCCUCGUUGCGCUGGCACUUGAGGCACUGAAAACCUAACGGUGCCCACAAUGCCCUGGGGCACUAUGCCAGAAUGGGGACAGGGCAGGAGUCUCGUGUCCUUCGAACAGAGCUCUCUCCCCAGCUCAGGCUCUGCCACCUUUUUGUCCCCCAUUGUGCCUCGUUUUCCCUCUUCUCACCAGCACUGCCUGACCAUCCCAGGGCAAUAGGGCGCCAGGGAGCACCUGGAGCAUCUCAGCUGGGGAUCAUAGUCCUCUUCUCUCCUGAAGGCCUCACCUUGUCAAGCCCACUCCCACCCUAUUUUCCCAAGAGGCACCUGGGCUGUUAUUUAUUUGUACAGAGAAAGGUUUAUUUUUCA